GUGUCGGGUUCCCCCCAACGUUGGGGAGGGCGUUCCCGUGGGUGCGUCCGGCUCGGAGCUCCCGCGGUGCUGACUGCCGGGACCCGGACUUGCAUUUCCGGGGAGCGCGGGAGGGAGCUCGGGAAGCGCGCCUGGCCGCCGGAGUGAGACGACCCCCGGGAAGCGUAAUGCUCGAGGCUGCCUUGGGGGACGUCGAGUCCACUGAGGGCUCUGGCCAUCAGCGCCGUGCCUUGAUGCCCCCGACGAACACCACGAAAUAGGUCUGCCUGACACACAGAUGAGGCUCCCCUUCAGGACGGAAGGACCUGUUCCCCCAGCUGCUGGGAGGGCUUCUGGCUGACAGUCCUCCCUGACAAGAGAGGAACUGCAAAGAGCUCCUCUGCGCCAGGGUGCCUAAGGGAGGAACCAAUGGACCAACCUGUUCUAGGCACUGAGUUGCCAGAUGUGAACAAGAGAAACAAGAUCUUACUUUCAGAUCUAGAGGGAGAGAGAGGGAACAGCAAGUAAAGAGAAUAAUUUCAGACGGUGAACGGUAGACUGAAGAAUUGGAGCGAGAAGGGAAGGUGGAGUUCAUCCAGUAACAGCAAGACCAGGGUACCGGGGAGGUCCCGCCCAUGCCCCGCCUCCAGCUUUGCAUACGUCUCUUGAUUGGUCGGCAGCGGCCGGCCCCACCCCGUGGAGCGGGCGGCUCUGGAAGCGCAGGGCCGGCCUGGCCAGGAUGCAGUUGCCGCUCCGGGUGUCGCCGGGUGGGCCAGGGGCAGCGCAGGCCGGAGGUGCGCUGGGGGCGCCCGCUGCGGCAUCCGCGCGUUGCUAGCGCCCCAGACUUACUGACGGGCCCGGGCCCUCCUUGCCGCCGUUCAGCCCGCCGUCCCCGCCCCUUCACCCUUUGUGCCGCCGCUGCGCGGUGCCCGCAGCUCUUUAAGACCCCGGCCGGGCCGGACCGCAGCGGCGCGCCAGUCCUGCGUGGGCGCCCUGUGGGCACCUGAUGGCGAAGGGGCGCGGCGCGGGCCGGGGCUCUGCAGCCCGAAUCCGCGACGCAGGAGGCCCAGCCGGCCUCCGCCGCAUUGUCCCGGGCCCCGCGCCCCGGCCCUGAGCCGCGCCGCCGCAGCGCCCGCCCGCCGCCCGCGGGGCCAUGCGGAGAGCCGCUGGGAUGGAGGACUUCUCGGCUGAGGAAGAGGAGCCCUGGUACGACCAGCAGGACCUGGAGCAGGACCUGCACUUGGCUGCAGAGCUGGGGAAGACACUCCUGGAGCGGAACAAGGAGCUAGAGGAGUCUCUGCAGCAGAUGUACUCCACCAAUGAGGAGCAAGUGCAGGAGAUUGAGUACCUAAGCAAGCAGCUGGACACGCUGAGGCACGUGAAUGAGCAGCACGCCAAAGUGUAUGAGCAGUUGGACCUCACCGCCCGAGACCUGGAGCUGACCAAUCAGAAGCUGGUGCUGGAGAGUAAGGCUGCCCAGCAGAAGAUCCAUGGGCUGACAGAGACCACUGAGCGCCUGCAGGCCCAGGUCGAGGAGCUGCAGGCGCAGGUGGAGCAGCUGCGGGGCCUGGAGCAGCUUCGAGUGCGCCGGGAGAAGCGGGAACGCAGGCGCACUAUCCACACCUUCCCCUGCCUCAAGGAGCUGUGUGCCAGCCCCCGGUGCGAGGAUACCUUCCGCCUGCACAGUUCCUCCCUGGAGCUGGGCCCGCGGCCCCUGGAGCAGGAGAAUGAGCGGCUGCAGACCUUGGUGGGCGUGCUGCGGUCCCAGGUGAGCCAGGAGCGGCAGCGCAAGGAGCGGGCGGAGCGUGAGUACGCGGCGGUGCUCCAGGAGUACUCGGAGCUGGAGCGGCAGCUGUGCGAGAUGGAGGGCUGCCGCCUUCGUGUGCAGGAGCUGGAGGCUGAGCUGCUGGAGCUGCAGCAGAUGAAGCAGGCAAAGACCUACCUGCUGGGCCGGGAGGACCACCUGGCCGAGGCCCUGCUCGCGCCCCUUACCCAGACCCCUGAGGCUGAUGACCCCCAGCCAGGCAUCGGGGACGACUCGGACACCCAGGAUGGUGUCUCCUCUCCAGCCGCCUCUCCAGGCCAUGCCGUGCGCAAGAGCUGCAGCGACACAGCGCUCAACGCCAUUGUGGCCAAAGACCCAGCCAGCCGACACGCGGGCAACCUCACGCUGCAUGCCAACAGCGUGCGCAAGCGGGGCAUGUCCAUCCUGCGGGAGGUGGACGAGCAGUACCACGCGCUGCUCGAGAAGUACGAGGAGCUGCUGAGCAAGUGUCGGCAGCACGGGGCUGGGGUCCGGCAUGCUGGCGUGCAGACCUCGAGGCCCAUCUCCCGGGACAGCUCGUGGAGGGACCUUCAGGGGAGCGAGGAAGGCCAGGGGGAGACCAAGCCCGGGGAGAAGAGCCUGAGCCAGCAUGUGGAGGCUGUGGACAAGCGGCUGGAGCAGAGCCAGCCUGAGUACAAGGCACUCUUCAAGGAGAUCUUCUCCAGGAUCCAGAAGACCAAGGCUGACAUCAGUGCCACCAAAGUCAAGACGCACAGCAGCAAGUGACCCUUUCCCUGCCUGCAGCCUACAGCCUCCCCCAGGGUCAGGCUAUGGGGUCCCUCAUGCCUGGGCCAUGCAGCCUCUAGUGAAUGAAGGAGCCCUUUAGCAGCAAUAUAGCCCAGAGGAGGCUGACCUCUGGCCCAGGGAACCGCAGCAUGUUCCCUGCAGACCUGGGAGGUGGUCAACACGUCCCACCUCCCAGGAACUUCCACUAUCCUGCAUCAGCCCAAAGGUGCAGCUAAUAGUUUCAAAGCCAAAUGUCCCCACUCACCUGGGGGGUCCCAGCUCCUCUAGCCCCAAGCUUCCUGUCCCCAGGCCUUGCUUUUAGAUUUGUGGCCAGGCUUCCUGAAUGCCAUUCUGGACCAGCUGGCUUUUUUUUUGCAAAGUUUGGUGAUUUUUAGAGAUUUGCAAUGCAAGGUCUCCUUGACCCCUUGCCACAACUGGAAACACUUGAAGGGGGACCCCAUAGCCAGCUAUUGCAGGUUCCGGAGGUCUUCUGGACCACCCACUGCGUCUCCCCAGCUGUGACACUCUUGUUAGUCCUUAGCACCAGUUGUCCACCCCCAGACACCCCCAGGGUUCUGACCAGGUCAGAGAUGGCCCCUGCCAGGCAGUGCAGAAGGCCUCAGGCCCCAAGUGCACCUCCACUCCAGCCCUGUUGAGGGUGGGCCUUUCCCUAGAACCCCUCAGCCCACCGUAGAUCUAUAGCCAAUCAGAGGAGAGAAACAGUGGGCCUCUUGGCAGCCAUACAUAAGCAGCGCACCUUGUUCCCCUCAGAGCCAGCCUCCUCAGGUUCCAGCCCCGGAAAUGCCUUCUGGGCAUGAAGCCUUCCACGGGUCUGGGCCACAGUGAGUCUCCAUCUCUGCACAUCGCUUCUGACUCGCCGAGCUUGGCCUCUGCCUGCUACCAUCUCAGGGACCAUGAUGUGUCUCAUUCAUUCCCAUGCUCCCCACAGGCCAACCUCGCUGCAGGUCACACCUGUCAUACCCAGAAUGCCCCAGGCAUGUGCCAUCAGCCAGUGGUCCCACUGUCUGCCCCUCCCCUUGGCUGGGGACUGCCCAAGUUCCUCACCCCACCUGAACAGUAUUGAGACAGGAUGGGGAACAUGUUUGCUCCCUCUCAUAAAAUGCCUGCUCUUCUCGCCUUUGGGGGGGAUUUUGAGGACCCAGCUGGGUCAACGGUUUUUAAGCUUCAGAAAGUGCAGCUUCAGCUAAGAUGCCCAGGUCCCCAGCUUGCCCUAAGCAGUUCUUUAGGGCUUCCAGUUCUCCGUCUGCUGCCCAUCCUGAGAUCCUAGAAAUCAGAGAUGCCAAUGCUGGUGGAAGGUGGUGGCCCUGGCCUCUGUGCCGGGAGCCCAGCGGGAACCUUCAUGCCUUACUUGUUUCUAGGGGGUAAAGGGGUUUUCUUAACAAGCCUGCCCGACCUCCCUGGAGGCACCACCUUGCUCUCCAGGUGGCACUGUGAUGAGAGCUGUCGGCUGGUCCUUCUGUUCACACAUCUGAGAACUCUUUGUCCUUUGGAGCUGGGCAGCUUCCAGCCCUCUGUGUGUCUCUGUCGUCUAGGGUGGAGGGAUGGGGUAGGAUGGGGUGGGGGAGGGGCUCCUGCCUGUUUGUUCCCCAUUUCUGUAGUGGCCAACCAGCAUCACCUUUGAAGUAUACGUGAGAGAAAUAUAUUUACAAAUGCUUUAUUCUCUUCUUUAAUAAAAAAUGCACCAGUAUUCUAAAAGCAGAA